AUGGAUUUUCUGAAUUUAUUAGAUGAAGUCACAUUUUUACCUUCAAUAAAAGAAUGUCUUUUAAUAGUAGCUACAUUUCCAUAUACUACAUGUAGUGUUGAAAGGUCUUUUAGCUGGCUCGAAAGACUUAAAACAUGGCUUCGUAGUACUGUUACUGAGCACCACUUGAAUGGCUUGCCAUUAAUGAAUAUUUACAAACCUUAUGUGCAAGCUCAAAAAUCAAACAUAAUAGAUGAAACAAUAAAAAUAUGGAACCUAUAUGCUCAUACAAUUUUUAUUUAA